UGGGAUUCAUUCGAUGUGGUCAGAUUGUUCUCGUUGGUCUUUCAAAUCGUUGCGUGGUUGAAUACGAGUGCACGUUUUUUUUCUAACACCGUGUGUUGCAGUGCUGUCCAAGACAAAAAGUAAUUUGGAAUAAAAAAGAACUGAAUUAAACUUUUUCUGUGACAUCUACACUACAUUUUACAAAGAAAGAAAAAUGUUCCGCUUACCCGUAGCUUUAGCCCGCUCGAACAUCGCCCGCCAAUUGGCUGUUCGUGGUUAUGCCAAGGAUGUCAAAUUCGGACCUGAAGUCCGUGCUUUGAUGUUGCAAGGUGUAGAUGUACUUGCCGACGCUGUCGCUGUUACUAUGGGUCCCAAGGGCCGCAACGUAAUCAUUGAACAAUCAUGGGGCUCCCCCAAGAUUACCAAAGAUGGCGUCACCGUUGCCAAGUCUAUUGAAUUGAAAGACAAAUUCCAAAACAUUGGUGCCAAAUUGGUCCAGGAUGUAGCCAAUAACACGAAUGAAGAAGCUGGUGAUGGUACAACCACUGCCACAGUUUUGGCUCGUGCUAUUGCUAAGGAAGGUUUCGAGAAGAUCUCCAAAGGUGCGAAUCCCGUGGAAAUCCGUCGUGGUGUUAUGUUGGCCGUUGAAACUGUCAAGGACAACUUGAAAGCCAUGUCCCGUCCAGUCAGCACUCCAGAAGAAAUUGCCCAAGUUGCCACCAUCUCUGCAAACGGUGACAAAGCUGUUGGUAAUUUGAUCAGCGAGGCUAUGAAAAAGGUUGGUCGCGAUGGUGUCAUUACUGUCAAAGACGGCAAAACUUUGACCGAUGAAUUGGAAGUCAUCGAAGGUAUGAAGUUUGACAGAGGAUAUAUUUCUCCCUACUUCAUCAACUCCUCCAAGGGAGCUAAAGUUGAAUUCCAAGACGCUUUGCUUUUGUUGUCCGAAAAGAAAAUCUCAUCUGUUCAAAGCAUAAUCCCCGCUCUCGAAUUAGCCAACCAACAACGCAAGCCCUUGGUCAUUAUUGCUGAGGAUAUCGAUGGUGAAGCUUUGAGCACAUUGGUUGUGAAUCGUUUGAAGAUUGGUCUGCAAGUCGCUGCUGUCAAGGCUCCCGGAUUUGGUGAUAACCGCAAAUCGACCCUCACUGACAUGGCCAUUGCCUCUGGUGGUAUUGUCUUCGGCGAUGAUGCCAAUUUGGUGAAAUUGGAGGAUGUCACCAUGGCCGAUUUGGGCAAGGUUGGUGAAGUUGUUAUAACUAAGGACGACACCUUGCUGUUGAAGGGCAAGGGCAAGAAGGAGGACGUUGAUCGCCGCGUAGAUCAAAUUAAAGACCAAAUUGCUGAGACCACCUCUGAAUACGAAAAAGAAAAGUUGCAAGAACGUUUGGCGCGCUUGGCCUCAGGUGUCGCCUUGUUGCGCGUCGGUGGAUCCAGUGAAGUUGAAGUAAAUGAGAAGAAGGAUCGUGUCCACGAUGCCUUGAACGCUACCCGUGCUGCCGUUGAAGAAGGUAUUGUCCCCGGUGGUGGCACCGCUCUCUUGCGCUGCAUUGCCAAAUUGGAAGGACUUAAGGGCCAAAACGAAGACCAAAACAUGGGCAUUCAAAUCGUUCGUAGCGCCUUGCGUAUGCCAUGCAUGACAAUCGCCAAGAACGCUGGUGUUGAUGCUGCCAUGGUUGUUGCUAAGGUAGAAAGCCAAGAAGGUGACUUCGGCUAUGAUGCAUUGAAGGGUGAAUAUGGUAACUUGAUUGAAAAGGGUAUCAUCGAUCCUACAAAGGUUGUGCGUACCGCAAUCACAGAUGCCUCUGGCGUUGCUUCACUUUUGACUACCGCUGAAGCCGUAGUAACAGAGUUGCCCAAGGAAGAUGCUCCAGCUGGCAUGGGCGGCAUGGGUGGUAUGGGCGGCAUGGGAGGCAUGGGCGGUAUGGGUGGCAUGAUGUAAAUAAAUGUUACGCAGUUCUAAUUCCUCCUUCAGCUUUUUUAUCUUGUAAUAAUUUGUACGUAGUACAACUACUUAUAAUUUAAUUUUUAAUUUUAACAUUUAUAUAUUAAUAAUUAAAAUAUGUUUUAAUGGUUAUUUCUAUUUUUACAUGUUAUAUAUGUAAAUGAAUACAAAUCCAAAUACAGUUUAAUUCGUGUUAGUUGUAAAAAUGAAA